GGUGGCUGUAAUAACCGUACCGGGGCACGGUUGCCUUGCGUAUACAAAGCACCACCGCCAUCGCGACGAAGACGGAAGGGCGUUCACGAUGUGGAUACCACUACCAAGCUUCGCAUCUACGAAGAUGCUUUGUGACAGGCUGGGAUCGAUCCAGAAACGCUUUUGAAGCAAGCAUCAUUGGCAAAUGACAAGUCUGCCACUGAUGGCGGACUUAUGCCUCCGCAAACAAGCGCAGCCGAGGAGGAUCCCGGAAAUGUUGGAGUGGAUGUUCUUGUGACAGCAAGGCAAGUCGUGAUGUCUCAAGAAUGGCAAAUGUAUGAGUAUGAGGAGCAAAUUCGCGAUCUCGAGGAAAUACUGAAUGAAACAUCAGACGAAAAGUCUGAUCGUGCUAUAGGGGAUGCGCCCGAAGCCUUCGCGCCUGAUAUUUCGCGCCUGAUCUUUGGUAGUCCGACAUCGUCUACAGGAUUGCGACUCCUGAAACCUCGACCCGUGGAAGACUUUACACUGUGGCAGGCUUACCUUGACAGCAUCGACCCACUGAUCAAGCUGUUUCACGCGCCGACGGUAUAGCAGCUUAUCAGCGAAGCGAGCGGCAACCUUGAUGAACUACUUUGUAACGUUUGAAGCUCUUCUGUUGGUCACCUUUUGUAUCGCGAUUGAGUCCUUGAGCGAUGGCGAAUGGAUCUCAGUUAUCGGAGAGUCCAAGAAUGCAGCGAGGCAGCUGUUCAGAGCUGGUGCUCACCACGCUUUAAUUAAUGCGAGCUUCUUGAAGACCUCGGAUCUGAUGGUCUCCCUUCAGAAUGUUGGUGCACG